UCCUCGAUUUUCUAAAUUGUUCAUUGUGAUAGUGGUAGUAGAUUGCUUCUCGUUUUCUAGUCUCUCUCUUUGUAUCCAUUUUUUUCUGUGUGCAGUGAAUUGAAUUGCUUCAUUUGGUAACCAAAAAUGGCCGGGAGGAAGAGAAGAAAGCUGAAUUCGUUGGCUAUGGUGGCCAUGGAUAGUGUAAGGGUGACAACCAAUUGUAAGCGAGAGAAGUUGGAAUUACGAACUUGGUCUGACCUUCCUACAGAACUUCUGGAACUGAUCUUCUGCCGUUUAACUCUAGAGGAUAACAUUCAUGCCUCUGUUGUAUGCAAGAGAUGGCACACAGCUGCCAUUUCUGUCAGAGUGGUGAACCAAUCACCCUGGCUUAUGUAUUUUCCAAGAUGUGGGAAUUUUUAUGAGCUCUAUGACCCAGCACAGCGCAAGACCUAUUCCCUUGAGUUACCAGAGUUGUAUGGGUCAAGAGUUUGUUACACUAAAGAUGGUUGGUUGUUGCUUUUCAGACCCAGAACACACCGUGUUUUCUUCUUUAAUCCAUUUACUAAGCAAGUGAUCAAACUGCCAAGAUUUGAAUUGACUUAUCAGAUAGUUGCCUUCUCUGCUCCGCCAACAUCUACCAGCUGCAUUGUUUUUACAGUUAAGCACAUCAGUCCCACAAUUGUAGCUAUCAGCACUUGUCAUCCUGGGGCAACCGAAUGGGUUACUGUUAAUUACCAAAAUCGCUUGCCUUUUGUUAGUAGUAUUUGGAACAAGAUUGUUUUCUGCAGUGGACUUUUUUACUGUCUAAGUCUCACAGGUUGGCUAGGUGUUUUCAACCCGGUGGAACGGACUUGGAAUGUUCUUGUUGUGCCUCCACCUAAAUGCCCUGAGAAUUUCUUUGCUAAAAAUUGGUGGAAAGGAAAAUUUAUGUCAGAGCAUAAUGGAGACAUCUUAGUUAUUUAUACAUGUUGUAAUGGAAACCCAAUUAUAUUUAAGUUGAAUCAGUCACAAAUGAUGUGGAAAGAGAUGAAGACCCUUGAUGGUGUGACGCUGUUUGCCAGUUUCUUAUCAUCUCAUUCAAGAACCGAUCUCCCUGGAAUAAUGAGAAACAGUAUCUACUUCUCUAAAGUUCGUUUCUUUGGAAAGCGUUGCAUAUCAUACUCUCUGGAUGACUGUAGAUACUAUCCUCGCAAGCAGUGUCAUGACUGGGGAGAGCAAGAUCCUUUUGAGAAUAUUUGGAUUGAACCACCUGAAGACCUCUCAAUUUCUCUCUGAAAAACAUCAGAACAUGUUCCAGUAUUGAGUGCCUAUUGUUUGUCUAUAAAAAGAGCAAUAGGAGUCUUUAAAGAAGCACUCUUUGUUGUAGCAUGGAUUCAAUGUACACGAAGCGUUAAAGUUCAGGCAAUGGAGGAGUGAAAUUUAUACCUUCAAGAUAACAGUAAUGCAGUUUAGACAACCUAAUUUUUACCUUAGGAUCUGAAUCCUUUUUGUAAGAUCAUUAGGGCAUAUCCUUGGCCAUACGGUUAUUUGUUCAAAUACGUUUCAGAUAUAGAAAUAUUUUGUCCGCUUUAGAUUA